GUGAUUUAUCAUUUUUGAGGGGGGCAGUGCCUUUUUUCAUUUGAUUCUUUAAUUAAUUAAUUAAUUACUAAUCUCACAUGUACUCACUCCCUAAAUUAUAUAAAAAAUUUCAGUCCAGUCAACAAAUGAGAAAUAGGUUUUUCUUUUCCCACCACUUCAACUGGGGACUGAUUCCUGAUUUUGGGGGUCUCUCGCCUCAAUUAAUUACUAAUUUUAAUAAUUAAUAUAUUUUUCAGGGAAAUAAUUACAGGGAAACAAUAGAAGCAAGAGAAUUUCUUUAAUGACUUCUCAGGUAUAUAUAAAAUCACCGAUACAUCAUCAUCAUGGGAAUUGAAUCAUUCCGAAAAAAUUCCACUGGCCAGAUUUCCGAGAUAACGAAUCUCGGGCUCACCUGGAGCUAUAUAGGAGGUGCACGCAGACCAAGCAAUCAGUACUGAAUCUGCUGGUGAUACUAUCCAGGAAGAGGAACUCUUCCUUAUGGGCGAUACACAAAGGAUUCACGAUUACUCAGCACUCAAGAAACAAACGGCUAGAGAAAAUUCUGAAAGAUUUAUCCAGAAACCACCAGUUAGGUGAGCACAUAAAUUGAUAGAACGAACGAUUAAUUGAAAUCUUUCAAGAUGACAGUUGGUCUGCGUGCUACGGGGUUAAUGAAGAUAACCCGGAGCCUCCGGAGAAGACUAAACGAGAGAAAUGUCAGCGACGAGCUGCUGGGGGAUAUCGAGGAAAAAGCUAGAAGAAUUCCUCUACACAUCGAUACUAAUAUGUUGAAGAUCGGAUUUCUUGGUGGUGGAAAAAUGGCCCAGGCCCUCGCCAAAGGGUUCGUCAAAGCCGGACUCAGCAAAGGAGAGAUGAUCCUCGCCAGUUGUCUUCCCAGUGAUGAAGGCAGCAUUGAAGCUUUCAGGGAAAUCGAAUCGAAGACGGUCCACACGAAUGACGCAGUGGCAACUCAUGGAGAUGUGCUGAUUCUGUCGGUGAAGCCCCAGGUCGUACCUAAGAUCCUCCCAGAGCUGAAAGACCCAGAGAAAUUAGUCCUGUCGAUAGCGAUGGGUAUCUCAAUUGAAACCCUCGAAAAGGGAUUACCAUCAGGGACUCCAGUGAUAAGAGUAAUGCCGAAUACCCCAGCUCUGGUGGGUUGUGGUGCGACAGUAUUUUCACGUGGAACACACGUCACAGACGAAGAGGCAGAGAUAACGAAGAGAUUAUUCUCAGCUGUUGGUACUUGUCAGGAAGUUGAUGAGCACCUGAUCGACCCAGUGACAGCCCUCGCAGGGUCUGGACCAGCGUACGUCUACAUGUUCAUAGAAGCAAUGGCAGAUGGGGCAGUUAAAAUGGGAAUGCCCAGGCCCUUGGCCUACAAAUUGGCAUCACAAACAGUCCUAGGUGCUGGAAUGAUGGUCAGAGAGACUGGAUCACAUCCUGGACAGCUGAAAGACGAUGUGGCAUCACCCGCUGGCUCUACCAUAUCUGCUAUUCAUGAACUGGAAAAAAAUGGCAUCAGAUCUGCUGUUAUUGAUGCUAUCGAGGCUGCAACACUCAGGUGCAGAGAAUUCAGCACCAAAAAAUCAUAUUAGUAAUCGGAUCAUGAUGAGCAUGGCCGAUCUGUCGAGUCAGUUAGAUUUUACAAAACUUAGAACUUUAUUAAAAACAUUUAAACAGUUUUUAUUACAAUAUAUUUUUUUCACUAGAAAUCGUCGAAUCACUUAUAAACGUAAUUAAGAAUA